AUGUUAGAGACCAGAACAAGAAAGGAUGUCCACAAUGGGUUGAGUCAUCAGCAAGGAAAGAACCAUCAAAUCCAGGCAGGGGAAAGGGCAAAACUUCAGGUUCAGGCAAAGGAACGCACAAACAGAAGGUCAAGAGGAAGACCAAGAGAAACACAUAUUGCACUUGCAGCCCCUAGUGAAUCUGCCGGCACCUUCACAGAGCGCAAGAAAAUAUCAAGUGAAAUCCAUAUUGCACCUGCAACAUCUAGUGCAUCCGCAAAUAAGGCAAGAGGAAGACCAAGUGAAACACUAGGUGCACCUGCAGCACCUCCUACAUGUCCAUCACCUGGUGAUUACCCUGCAUCUUCCUUUGAACCUCUUGAUUACCAUAUAUCUCCAAUAUCAACUAAUAGUAAAAGAGGAAGAGGAAGAGGAAGAGGCGGGGGGUAUGUGAAGCACAACUUCAUACAAAAGACCAACAAUCAUUAG